AUGGCCGAAGUCUUAGGAGAGCCAAAUAAGCCGAAUAAAAUUGUAUUACAAUUUAUUUACCAUCCAUCAAUAUCAUACAUUCAAUCGUAUUUAAUGGCAUUUGAUCUAGAUAUUGUACAAGUCUCGUAUAAUGGUAAAGAAGUACUUUGCGCGUGGUCAUUUAUUCGUGCAUUAAAUACAGGCACAUUUAUUUGUUUUAAUUUAACAAACGAUUUAUCGACACUUGGUCGUACUGUACUUCGUAUUGCCAAAUACUGUCAAAGAAAUUUUAGAUUUUUAUAUCCACAUGAUUUUCAAAUGGAAAGAUUUUUAUCUUUACCAGUAAACCAAUCAAAUAUAAAUCAACCAAAUUAUGAUUCAAUAUCAGACGUACAAUUCGGAUCUAAUAAUGAUUUUUUUCAAUUACAAAAAAAAUUUGUGAAUAUAUUUAUUAAUCAAAAUUUUUAA